AUGUCCGCCUUCACAUUUCCUGUCGAGGUUGCCGAGGACUGUCCAUUCGGAAUUCACAACAUUCCGUUUGGUAUAUACAGCAUACCAGGCCAGGCCCGCCGAGCUGCGACGGUCGUUGGCAAAUGGAUUAUCGAUCUCAACACCCUAGUCCAAAACGACGUCUUUACACACGCAGACCAUGCCGAUUCGCUCGAAGGCGUUUUCCUUCAGCCCGUUCUUAACGAUUUUGCCUCGCUGCCGCUCGCCGUUCGCCAGUAUGUCAGACUGACAAUUAUCGAGAACUUGAACAACGCCGAAUCGCCUUUCUAUACCAAUGUGAAAGUGCAAUCCCAAGCGUUCGUGCCGCUGGAGCAAGCGGAGAUGCAUAUGCCUAUGCGUUUGACGGAUUACACAGACUUCUACAGUUCAAUAGUGCAUGCGGAUACUGCAGGAAAAGGAAUGAAUUUCCCCAUCCCGCCGGCAUUCUGGGAAUAUCCCAUGGCUUAUAAUGGACGUGUAUCAUCUGUCCGUGUCUCCGGAACUGAAGUCAUCCGGCCUAAGGGAUUUUUCCUUGUCACUCCAAGCGACAGUCACGUCCAACUCCAGCCAUCACGUGAAUUGGAUUUCGAAAUGGAGAUGGGAUGCUUCAUAUCCCACCCUGUGCAAGCGGGAGAAAUAGUGAGCGCUAAAGAGGCCCAGAAACACGUCUUCGGGUAUGUUCUCUUAAACGACUGGUCUGCACGUGACAUCCAAAAAUAUGAAAUGAACCCGUUCGGGCCGUUUCAUUCCAAAAGCUUCCUUACUAGCAUUUCUCCCUGGGUGGUUACGCCAGAGGCUCUUGAAGGGAGUUUGGUCCAACCGGUCGCUUCGAACGCUUCGGUAAUAUCCAGUCAUCUGCAAAACGACCCGAACAAUCAUGCUGGGUAUGAUAUUGAGUUUUCAGUGUCUUUGUCCCGCAAGGGAUCCGAUCCUGUUCAGAUUGUGCGAUCAUAUUUGAAAGACUCUUAUUGGGACUCUCUUCAGAUGAUUGCCUAUCAAUCUUCCAGUGGCUGUGGUUUGCAUACAGGCGACCUGCUAGGUUCUGGAACAAACUCUUCUGCAACACCAGUAUCACGGGAUCCCUCCUCCCCCGUGGGAUGCGGCUGUCUCUUAGAAGCCGUUGCUGCAAAUAUCGGCCUUCCAAAAGUCGCAAAUGAGAGCGUUCGUUGGCUGGAAGAUGGCGAUCUCGUGACUAUGGAGGGCUGGUUCACUACGCCAGACGGCAAAAAGGGAGGGUUUGGCCCGCUUACUGGCCUUGUAGUCCCGGAAAAGCUGUCUGGUGAGUAA